AUGUCUCUGCUCACCAAUUAUGAGGGGCUCAGGCAUCAGAUCGAGAGGCUGGUGCGGGAGAACGAGGAACUGAAGAAACUGGUGCGGCUCAUUCGAGAGAACCACCAGCUCAAGACGGCCAUCAAGACUCAGGCUGGUGUCCUGGGCAUCAGCGGGUUCUCCAACGCCCUCGGCGAGCCUGUGACCAGCUCGACUCCAUGCCAGGGAAAUGGUGUCUACCUGGCCCCAUCCCCAGCAGCAGCUAACGACAACAUACUGGAUGAUAUGGGUCUCAUGGCCUUGACACCCCUUGGCGACAUGCUCAACAGCCCGCAGCCUGAUGCCCUCAACAUACUACUGGCCGGCCCAGCUUCACUGCCACUCACCAGCCCCCUGGACGGUUCCCUGGGCAUGCCCUCCACGGGCACUAUGACGCCCAGCAGCCCCCUGGCAGGCCAUAUGAUGACGCCUCCGGGGGGCACUCUGCCCAGCCCUGUGCCGGGCCCCAUCUCUGUGGGCAGCCCCCUGCUCAAUGCCACCGUCAAUCCCAGCCUCCUGACUGUGGGCAAUCUUGUGCUGCCCGAGGUGCCCAGGCUACGGCUGCCAGAGUCCCCAGGAGCACCGCAUGCCUCUGUUCCUGCAGGGCCCACUCUCGUUUCCAAAGGUCCUACUCAACGGGGCACAACACUGCCCCCCACUGAGCAGCCCCAACAGAAUCAGGAGCUGGAGUCCCUCACUGUGACAUUUGUGGGGGCACCUGUGCAGACCUCCAGCCCCACCCCGGCAGGGGGCACACCUGGUGCCAUGCCAGCCUUCUAUGGCACCUCAGAUGCCCGUACCCAAUCUGGUGUCCAUUCAAGCCAAGGGACUCCUGCCUCAGUCCCUGCUGUGCCAGCAGCCACUGUGCCUACCUCGGCCCCCAUGCCCGCCUCCCAAGGAACCCCCCACUACAGCCCCUCCAGCACCACCCAGAACCAGAAUGCCCCCCACACCCCUGCCCAGCCCCAGCCCUCACCCAGCACCCAUACCACUCCAAGAGUCCCCUGCUCCCCACCGCGUGCCUCUUCCUCCCCGCCUUCGGCUCAAGACCCCCAGUCCCCACGUGCCACCGAGUCCAGCAGGAAGAGUGCCCUGGACCUUGACCGGAAGCUGUCCCCCAGAAAGUUCAAGACUCCAGACAGAGGCCGAGAGCCCAAGCAGCUGGCCUGGGAGAGGCUGGUGGGGGAAAUCGCCUUCCAGCUGGACCGCAGGAUCCUGUCGGGCAUCUUCCCCGAGCGCGUGCGUCUCUACGGCUUCACUGUGUCCAACAUUCCUGAGAAGAUCAUUCAGGCUUCCCUGAACCCUCACGACCAGAAGCUAGAUGAGGAGCUCUGCCAGACUCUCACCCAGCGCUACGUCAGCAUCAUGAACCGCUUGCAGAGCCUGGGCUACAACGGCCGGGUGCACCCGGCACUGACAGAGCAGCUAGUGAACGCCUACGGCAUCCUGCGUGAGCGGCCAGAGCUGGCGGCGACCGAGGGCGGCUCCUACUCCCUGGACUUCCUGCAGCACGUGCUAGUGGAGACGGUGCACCCUAGCAUGCUCACUGAUGCGCUGCUGCUGCUCUCCUGCCUCAGCCAACUGGCCCAUGACGACGGCAAGCCCAUGUUCAUCUGGUGA